AUGGCCCCGCCGCAUGCAACCAGGAAACCCAGCAACAGCACCUCACGGGUCAGCACGCGCGGCGGUCACUGCGAAUCCCGCAGGCGCAUCGCCGAGCAAGUCGAAGACGAAAUGGACGAGGCCAACGAGGAAGCCGAAGAGAUGGACAUCGACGAGGUGGAAGCCGAAGCAGUCGAGCCAGAAGACUCGCAGGGUGCAGGGGACAGCAAGCUGCAGCAAUUGAUGGUCGAUAUGGUCGAUGCUCAACGCAGACGCCAUCAAGUCCGCAAACAGGGCGUCUACAAGUCGUACACCAGAUGCCACACCGACGCACAAGAAGCUAUCACCUCGCUGUUCGACGAGCAUGAGAAGAAAGCUGCACAAGCUUACGACGCCCAAAUCUCCCGCCUCCAGUCGCUCCUCAAACAGAAAGCCGCGAUCGAAGCCGCCAUGUCCGAGAAGCUCGUCAAUCUGCGAAAGGACUACAUACAACAGUCCAAGGCCCUAGAGAAAGUCGUCGAGUACCGCAUCAGGGAGCUGCGCUGAAGAGGCACUCAGCCAUAGGCAGCAUGUCUCAACAUGCAAUGGAAAGCUGGCGGGGUAUUCAGAUACCCAAAUGUGACCGUGGUCGGGCUGUAUGUGUAUGAUUGAAUGCAUGCAUGGAAGGUGAGAUGCCGAGGGAUGAAUCUUGUGGGAUAUUAAGAUACUGGCACAGGCUUCGAAAGGAGUCUGUGCAAUUCGUUCGAAGCUGGCUUUAUUCCCCAAACUAGGUAUCAUACUCUGGAACGCGUACUUUUCCCUUGCGUAUAAUGGCAUUCAUCGAAUGCUCGU